GUAAAUGUGAGUUGUGUGUUUCAGUGUGUGAGUGAGAGAGCAAGAGUGAGGGAGAUAGAGAAAAGCUUUGAAUGAGGAAACUGCAGACACUUUAUUCUGGAUUACAUUUGAUGACAGAAGUCAAAGCCAAGUUCAAGAUUCCUGUAGAGGUGACGUAUGCACGUUGCAUGUGAUUGAUACAGUAGUAUCUCAGUUCAUUUACAGCACAGGGCAUGAUCUCACUGAGGCCUAUGUGGAACUGCCCAGCUCCUCAUAGUUGGCAAAGUGGAGACUGACAUCUGUAUUUCCAGUGUCAGAUAGAGCGCAGGAUGGGUUGCGCGUGUAGUGGUGAGACAAAGGGGACAGAAAACAGAUAUGAGACAGGGAAAAACAACGGUCAAUCAUCUCACUCUUCUAACUAUACGGGAUCCAAUGGAAAACCCAGCUCAAAUAAUGUAGAAGAAGACAUUGUCAUUGCUCAGCAUGACUUCAAACCAAACAAUGACAGCGAUCUCUCUUUCAAAAAGGGAGAUAGGCUUAAGGUCCUGCAAGAAAAUGGUGAGUGGUGGCUUGCGAGAUCCCUCUUGACUAGAGAGGAGGGCUACAUCCCAUGCACAUAUGUAGCACGCGCUGACACUCUGGAGGUGGAAAAAUGGUUUUUCAAAAACUUAAGCAGGAGGGAGACCGAGCGCCUGCUCUUGGCUCCAGGAAACAAAGCUGGAUCUUUUUUAGUCAGAGAGAGUGAGACGUCUAAAGGGGCUUUCUCCUUGUCCAUCAGAGAUGCUGGGCCUGAACAAGGCGACAUGGUCAAGCACUAUAAGAUACGUUCGAUGGACAAUGGUGGCUUCUAUAUCUCCCCUUCCACCACUUUCCCCACACUGCAGGAGCUGGUGAACUACUACAGGCGUAUAACGGAUGGGUUGUGCCAGCGGUUGAACAGCCCCUGCAAGCCCAAGGCCCUUCAGACACCAUGGGCACAAGAUGAGUGGGAGAUACCCCGCGAGACACUGAAGAUGUUGACGAAACUGGGAGCCGGGCAGUUUGGAGAAGUGUGGAUGGGAUACUAUAAGGACACUCAGAAGGUGGCCAUUAAGACGCUGAAGGAGGGCACCAUGGAGCCGGAAGCCUUUCUCCAGGAGGCCAACCUGAUGAAGAAGCUGCAGCACGACAGGCUGGUGCGCCUGCACGCCGUGGUUACCAUGGAGCCCAUCCUCAUCGUCACCGAGUUCAUGAUCAACGGAAGUCUAUUGGACUUUCUGAAAACAGAUGAGGGGAAGAAACUGAAGAUGACAAAGCUGAUAGACAUGUCGGCACAGAUAGCUGAAGGCAUGGCCUACAUUGAGAAGAAGAAUUACAUACACAGAGACCUGCGUGCUGCCAACAUCCUGGUCAACGAGACUCUGCACUGCAAGAUAGCCGACUUUGGCCUGGCCAGGAUCAUAGAGACUGAAUACAUUGCACAGGAAGGUGCCAAGUUCCCCAUUAAAUGGACAGCUCCAGAGGCUAUCAACUUUGGAACCUUCACCAUCAAAUCUGAUAUCUGGUCUUUUGGCAUCCUCCUCACAGAGAUCGUCACGUAUGGAAGGAUUCCCUAUCCAGGUAUGACUAACCCUGAGGUGAUCAGAAACUUGGACAAACAGUACAGGAUGCCUUGCCCUGACAGCUGUCCUGCGGAGCUCUAUGACCUCAUGAUGAUCUGCUGGAAGGAGAAACCAGAAAAUAGGCCUACAUUCGAGCACCUGCAGAACACCCUAAAUGACUUCUUUGUUGCCACUGAGGGCCAGUACGAGAUGCAGCCAUAAAGAAAUGAACUAAAGAACCGCAACAGUUAGGGGGAGUGGAGUGGAGGAGGGGAGCCUCUUAUUGAGUUUAGUCAUUGGACUAUGUCAAGAAUAUGCUUCAAAGUAUAAGGAGGAUUGGAUGCCUGGCUGACUGCUGUAUGUUUUUUCACAAACCCAGAAGUUAACGGGCUGACAGUGAGAUAUACUCUAAAUGGCUGUAUGGACAUAAAAACAUAAUUCUGAGACAACAAGCUGUAAUUCCUCACAGACUGAGACUUCACAAAGAAUGGCACUUUUUGCUUGAAUACUUUUAAUCAGCUGCCCUAAAGCUUUUUAUAAAUAAAGAUGUUUAUUGUUUUUAACUUA